GAUCCGAUAUGCGUUAUCAACGCGUUAGUGUACAUCAUCGGCGCGUCUCAUCAAGUCGACCCCCCCCCUAGCCAUUACGUGAGUCUUGCAAGAGUACUACUCUAUAUCCAAAAUCAACAAAAGAUACCAAACAACUAAACCCCAGCCAAUACACCUCUUUAUAUCUUCAAUUUGUCCCUCCAAUCCCAAAUUCUCAUCCCCAUCUCGCGGAAACAUUUCCGUCCCCACAAACCCCCCUCUCGACCCACCAUCUCACAAGAACCCACCACUCCAAGCACCCACGACUUCGUACAUAUCACUGCCCCACCAACUACUCAGCUCAACAUCGCUCUAAUACCCUCGGGUCGCAUAAGCGCGCAUCGCUAUCUAUGUUGAGCCCAGCUUCACUGCUUGGAAGAAUUCGAUUGCACAUUAGUUCUGUAUUCGUCAGCUGAAGCCGCAAUUAUCCAUUCUGCUAUCAAUUGGUGCAAGGUAUUCAUAGUAGUCAUUAGUAGCUUGGUAGUCCGAGCCUCUCCACAAGGUCUUUGAUAUAUAAAAGCACUCCGGCCAAGUACUCUUCUGAUUCUCUUUUCAUUUCUAAUUUUAAAAAUUGAAAGUAUACAAUCGCAUUCACCAACUAGGUGAAACAUCACAUCUCACACAUCUCAAAAUCCUCCAAUAUCGCUCAUUCUAAACACAGCAAAAAUGGCCGGCGUAAUCCGCAUAACCAUGUUCAAAGUGCCCUCCCAAGCAUCCAGGGACACAAUGCUCAAGAACUACGAGACCUUAUCAAAGAAGGCCGUCAAGAACUCAGCUCCCUACAUCGUCUCCCUACAAGCUGGCGAAUCUCAAGCCAACGAUCCCCGCACCCAAGGUUAUUCCUUGGUCGCAAAGACUGAGUUUAAGAACAUGGAGGAUUUGAAAUACUACGAUGAGUCCUGUGAAGCACAUAAAUGGUUCAAGGGCGAGGCAAAGACUUUGGGGGUUGAAGGGAUGUGCUGCGUGUUCUAUGAGCCUAGUGUUGUUGCUUGAGUGAUGAUAGGCGGAGGGGGAGGGUCGUAAUUAUACAGAGCUUCAUGGAAUGUGGAUAGGUACAAAGAGUGAAGGUUAUAUAUAAUCCACGGUGAUCCCAAUGAGAGGAAGGUCGAUUUGAAUAGUUUGUUACAGGAUAAUGAUGCACACAAAGCCAGCAAGUCCAUGACAGGCUCUAUCAUUCGAAUGUUACAAAUUAGCUCAAUGAAUAUUGGGUCCCAUGAGCUUAGUGAUCACA